UUGCUACGUCAGGAGAAUUUAUCAACAAAUGAGCAGCUGCGUCAUGCGCGUGCUCAAAUAGCUGCUUUAAUUUCCGAAAAGGAACAGCUAAUACUGGAGUACGGUGAAAUGGACAAGAAAUUUCAGCGUGUUAAGGAACUUUUGCAGGUUUAUUUUAAACGUUUUCACUACUUUUAA